AUGAAUUCAUAAAUUAAAAAUUUUCAUGCUCUUUAAAAGACAAUAAUAUGGAAACAAUCGAAAAAAUGGGAUAAUUAGAAAUAUCAAAUAGUUAAAGAGAAAAUUCAAAUUACAAUAUACAAAAAUAAUGAAAUCAUUUACUCAGCAUCUGAUGGAGAAAUUCUAAGAAUGUAAACAAAAUUUCAAUUAUUAAAUAGAGAAUACUCAAAAGAGAAUUUAAAAAGCCAUUUCCUAUUCAAUAAUCUAGAAUAAAUCAAAAAUUUACAAUGGUCUAUCGAAUAUCGAUAAAAUAGUAAAAAAUCCGUAAAAUGGAGUGCUACUUGGUGUGGAGAAAUUUUAAAAGGAGUUGGUGGAUACAUUAAUGAUGGAUUAAAAUAAGGUGUUUGGAAGGAGUUAAUCUACAAUUAUUCGAGGUUUAUAAGUUAUUUAUUAUCAUAAUUAUAGUCAAGCUAAAAUAUAUGAAAUUGGGGAAUAUUAUAAUGAUAAAAAAAAGGGAUUAUGGGAAUUUAUUUUUGAGAACAAAAAGAUGUAUUUAUUUAUAAAAUUAAUUAGUGGUAGUGGACUAUACAAUGAAAAAGGUUAGAAGCAUGGUAAAUGGAAAGAAUUGAGUGAUGAAUUUUGGGAUAAAUCUUAAGUCAUUUUUAAUGGUGAGUACAAAAAUGGUAAAAAGAUUGGUAGAUGGGAUACUUUGUACGGAGAGUUUGAAUUGAUGUAUAAUAUUAAAUAAACUUAUAUAUUUAGCGGUGGAGGAUCAUAUGAUGAACUAGGUAAUUGCAUAAAGAAUGGUCAUUGGAUUGAGUUAAAUGAUGGAUUUUGGAGUUAAUCAUAAAUCAUUUCUAAUGGUGAAUAUAGGAAUGGUAAAAAAGUUGAUAGAUGGGAAACUUUAUAUAGAUAAAUGAAUAAAGAACAUUUUCAAAAAAUGUAAUUAAUAACAUGAAUCCUUAGCGGUGGUGGAUUUUAUUCUAAAAACGAUAAUUUGAAGAUAGGAUAGUGGAUUGAAUUGAGUGAUGGAUUUUGGUAUGAUUCAUAAGUCACUAUUUAUGGAGAAUAUAAAAAUGGUAUAAAAAUUGGUAGAUGGAAUAUUUGGUAUAACAAUCGCGAUACAAAUAAGAAUUGCUUGAUGUAGAAAAUUAAAAUAAAUGUAAAUUUAUAGUGGUGGAGGAUUUUAUGAUGUAAAUGGUGAGGGGAUUAAAAAAGGAAAGUGGAUUGAGUUGAAUCAUACAUUUUGGAUUGGAGCAUAGAUAACUUUUAAUGGUGAAUAUAAAAAUGGAAAAAGAGCAGGUUUUUAGAAUAUUUUGUAUAAGAAUAAAUAGAUGUAUAUAAAAAAAUUAAAGUUUUAGAGGUGGUGGAUUACUUGAUAAAGGAGAUGAUGAAAUUAAAGUUGGAAAAUGGAUUGAAUAAUAUGAAUAGUUUUAUGAUGAUUUAUAAAUCAUUUAUAAUGGUGUUUAUUCGAAAGGGAAAAAAGUUGGUAGAUGGGAUAUUUUGUUUAGAAAAGUUGAUAAAUAUCAAAUAAUGUAAAUAUUAUUUUAAUAUCUUAUUUAUAGUGGAGGUGGAUCAUAUCAUAAAGAAGAUGAUGAAAUUAAGGUUGGAAAAUGGACAGAAUUGAGUAAAGAAUUUAAAAUACAUUCGUAAAUCACUUAUAUUGGUGAAUAUAAAAAUAAUAAAAAAGUUGGAAAUUGGGAUAUUUAUUGGAAUUGGUUUGGAAACAUUAAGAUGUAAGAAAUGAAAAUAAAGUAAAAUUUUAGUGGAGGAGGAUCAUACGAUGAGAUAGGUAAUGGAAUGAAAAUUGGGAAAUGGAUUGAGUAUUGUGAUUAUUUUAGGGAUUAUUCAUAACUCUUUUUUAUUGGAGGAUAUAAAAAUGGUUCAAAAAUUGGUAAAUGGGAUAUUUUAUUUAAGAGGAUGAAUUUGGAAUAAAUGUAAAAUAUCCAUAUAAAGCAAAUUACUAGUGGAGGUGGGUAGUAUUCUAUUGCAGGAGAUGGCAUAAAGAAUGGAAAGUGGAUUGAAGUCAUUUUUGAGUUUACUGUGAAUUUAUAACUUACAUUUAAUGGAGAAUAUAAAAAUGGAAAAAAAAUUGGCAAAUGGGAUAUUUGGUAAAGAGAUAACAUUAUAAAUAAAUUUGAAAAAAUGUAAACAUGAUAAUAAAUAAAAUGUUUAGUGGAGGUGGAUUAUAUUCAUAAGGAGGGGACGGAUUUAAGAUUGGAAAAUGGAUUGAGUUGAGUGAUUAAUUUAAGUAAUUUGAGCAAGUUUCUUAUAGUGGCGUAUAUAAAAAUGGUAAAAAAGUGGGUAGAUGGGAUAUUUGGUAUAAGGAUUGUGUAACAAAAAAGAAUGAAUAAAUGUAUAAUAUUGAUAAUAAACAAAGCGGGGGCGGAUUCUAUGAUGAAGAAGGUGAUGGCAUAAAAAUUGGAAGUUGGAUUGAAUUAUGUGAAGGAUUUAAGAAAAAUUAAUUGUUUUCUAAAGAAAUCACUUACAAUGGCGAAUAUAAGAAUGAUAGAAAAGUUGGCAGAUGGGAUAUUAUGUAUAGAGAAUGGAAAAAGGAAAAUUUUCAUUAGAUGUAUGGAAUAUGAAUAAAUAAAUCGACUUUAGUGGUUAUGGAUAUUAUAAUGAAAGUGGUGAUGGAAUUAAAAUAGGUAAAUGGAUGGAGCUGAGUUAUUGGUUUUAUGUUGAUAUGUAGAUCACUUAUAUUGGAGAAUACCAAAAUGGUAAAAAGGUUGGUGCAUGGUUUGAAUUUGAUUUAAAAAAGAAUGAGAAACUUAAGGAGACUAAAUAUGAAGUGUGA